UCGACAUGUCAGCGAAUACAUACAUAAUGUACGAGUCAUCCUAGGUAGUUAAUAGUUAUCCAAUCAUAGAAGAAAAAAGGUUGCGUUUGUGACUUUGUCGUCGAAAAUCAAGAUCCUUGUCCGUCACAUGUCUCACAUCAAUCCUAUAUAUCUCUUGAGGAUGAAUGAAAGCAGCAGGUUUAAGCUGGACAACAAUUUCGAAAAGAGGUUAGUUGAAGCUCGAAGGAUCGUGGAGAAGUACCCUGACAGAAUCCCUGUGAUUGUGGAAAAGGCUGAGAAAAAUGUAAUCCCAAACAUCGACAAGAAAAAAUACCUAUCAGACCUAAUUAAGAGUUGGUCAAUUUUUGAAAGUGAUUCCCAAAAGAAUCAAACUAAGUACAGAGAAAGCUAUCUUCACAUUCGUAGACAAUGUCCUUCCUCUUACAGGAGAGAUUAUGUCAAGCGUCUACGAAGAGGAGAAAGAUGAAGAUGGCUUCCUCUACAUCACUAACAGUGGCGAGACUACAUUUGAUGCUUCUUCAAUCUAAAUCCAUGACCUGAGAAACACCUGCGUUUUGAUGUUUCCCAUCUCUCAGUUUCUGUAUACUGUAUUCUAUCAGCAGACUCUUCUUAAGAUUUGUGGGUUUGUAAUGUUCUUGCACUUUUUUUUUUAAAUAUAUAGACUAAUAUUGACCAAUGCAAUGUAAGAUAAAUAUUUUAUCAUCUACGUGUAAUGGAUACAC